AUGUCUGCACCGAACUGCGCACGAAAAUAUGAUAUUGCUCGUCUUUCCAGCUUGAAUUUUCAAAUUUCCCAAUAUGUUUAUCUUAGCUUGAUAAGCUUAACUUUUAUAUUUUCUUAUUUUGCUGUGAAAAUUGUUCAUCAAAAAUCGAUUUUCCAACUUUCCACUAAAAUCUUAUUAUUUCACAAUUUGGUUUCUGCGAAUCUUCAUCAACUUUUAUACUUAUUUUCCGCACUCCGAAGGCUCAACCUGGCAUAUUUCUAUAUUGACGAACCAUGUGUUCCUCUAAUAUCGGAAGCUGACUGUCUACCUUACCUCAAGGUUUUAGUAACUGGAAUAAGUGGAAUGAUCUAUGGCCAAACUGGUCUACUUUUGGAACGAGGUUGUGCAACUUUCAUCAAAGAUUAUGAUAAGAAGACAAGCAUGUUUGUUGGGAUAGCAAUAUCAAUUGCCAUUUUGUUUUUGAGCUUGAUCACUGGAAAAAUUAUAAUUUGGGAUGACCCACUUCAAGGAUAUCUUCUUUCGUGUGUUUCCUAUCCAAGUCAAAGUGUUGAAAGAUCAAGACUAUUUGCAAGUAUUUAUACAUUUAUAUCUUCAUUCAAUUUGGUUUUCUCAGUUUUGUUAAGAAGAUAUAACAAAAAACUGGAAUAUUCAACACCCUUUGUUGUUGGCCCGAGAUUUCGGAAAAGAGAAGUGAUUGACUCCACAAGUACAAUAUGCUUUUUGACAUUUGUUCAAUUCAUAUUCAUGUUCAUUUAUUCAUUCGGAAUAUUCACACUGAAAACUAUUCGAAGCAUGCUUACUUACAGACAGUACUAUUUCAUUGUUGUCUGGUUCUAUACAAUUCCAUUCAUUGCUGCGCUGUUUCCAAUUCUACUAGUUUACAGGAUUCGUUCUUCACAUGUUAGCCGAGUAACGAUUAUUAAAACAUUUACAAAAACCAAGCAAACACAAGAAGAACACAUUAAGCAAUUGAAAAACGUUUGGAAUUGAACAUAAUGAUUCCUAUUUUAUGAAAUCUGAAUUUUUGUAAAUAUGUGUAUAUUUUUUUGGAAUAAAUAAUUGUCAUUAGGAAA